ACGGCCAGGCCGUUUCUUCUGAAGAAAAAAAAAAAAGAUCUCAGAAGAUCCAGCGUCCGUUGGGCUUGUAUAACCAGUUUCAUACGUCAGCUUGAGCAAGAAACAUCGACAUGUGCCGAAAGACGCUUUUGUUAACUUGGAUUCUGUUAUACAACUUUUUUAAAGUGCAAAGCGAAGCACCAGGCUCACCAUCGAGUGUAUCCUUAAACGGGUUUGGUUUUGAAUUGGUAAUGGCAAAACUGCAAAUAUUAGAACAUCAUCUCGUUGAAAGCAACCUUCAAAUAGAGGAGAAAAUAAUCAUUCUGAGUUCCAGAAUUGAUAAUAUCGUAACAACGGUCGAGAAUUUAGCCUGGAUUGCGCAACAAACUGGAGAAACUGUACAUCAGUUAGGAUUGAGCGCAAGACAUAUUGCACACAACCUAACCGUAAUCCAACGUUAUCUCACAAAUGUUGUAGCCGAACAAAAACUGUUGGUGACGAAUAAUCAACUCAGGCAGUACCAGCUCUUUCAGAGCAGUUGCAAUGCAUCAAAUGAAACAAUAAACUUCGAGAAUCAUAGAAAUGUUUACAAGUCGUGCAAUAAGGUGCCUUUUACUGCUUCCGGUGUGUAUAACAUUCGUCCGGAGAAACCUUUCAAACAGCCAAUUACUGUGCUGUGCGAUCAAGAGUACGAAUCAGGCGGCUGGAUUGUGAUACAGCAUCGCUUUGACGGAUCGACAAACUUCUAUCGUAACUGGGACGAGUACAAGAAUGGUUUCGGAAAUCUGGACGGAGAGUUUUGGCUGGGUUUGGAUCGUAUUUAUCAGUUGACUGUGUCGCAACAACAUGAGCUGGUUGUACUGCUGGAGGAUUUCGACGGCAACAAAACGUUUGCUAGAUACGAUCAGUUUGAUAUUAGCAACGAAAGCGGGAAGUAUGCUCUCACCAACAUAGGCGAGUAUUCCGGAACGGCUGGAGAUUCUUUACAAAAUGCUAAAGGAAUGAAAUUCUCCACUUAUGAUUCCGAUAACGAUGUGUGGAACGACAACUGUGCAGUAUCAUAUACUGGAGCCUGGUGGUAUGGAGCUUGCCACAAAAGUAACCUCAAUGGGAAAUACUUACGUGGAGAAACGAAAGAAUAUGCUACAAGCAUGGGAUGGUUUACUUUCCGAGGACAUCAUUAUGCUUUAAAAUCUUCAAAAAUGAUGAUACGACCUAAUGUGAAGUAGUCAUCAAACGGUGCGAGAUAUUGAGUUGAAAAAUGUGGAAAAUUAGUUGUACGCGACAUGCUGUCUAGCUCAAAAUGAAUACAUAUAUGGUGAGCUUAAA